GUAGAGGCCAUUGCUUGCACCGGAUAUGAUAAAUUUACAUUGCAUUUUGGGAGUGACGUCUGGUACGAGCUCGGAGGAAGACGGAUACUGAAAGCUGAAUCAAGAGUACAGAAAAUCUUGCCCAAUGUCUUGUUGUUACGGCGCGUCUGAUCAUAGAGUGUUGUCUGAGCAAUAAUGAAAGUUACUCUUACUGAGUAAUGGCAAGAAUAAGGUGCAAUUAUUGUCAAAAUGAGAUAUUUGGACACCGUUUACGCUGCACGGAAUGCGUCGACUUUGACCUUUGUUUACAGGCAAGUGUGACGUCACGUGGAGCCAUAUUGAGCUACAUUGGUGCUAUUUAGGUCAACGCACUUGUUCAAGUCUGGCUAAAAAUAUGAUUAUUAUAAAAAAGAAAAUAACAUGCUUUUCGUUGUUGUUGUUUUUUUCAGUGUUUUUCAUUCGGUGCAGAGGUAGCCUCACAUAGAAGAGAGCAUUCCUUUACAAUAAAGGUAAAAUAAAAUAUGCUGGAUAAAUUUGUUUGGAUUAUUUGUAUUUAAAAAUAUAAAAACGGAAGUUUGAAAAUAAAAUAAUCAAGUGUUUAGUUGCUAAAAAUAGACAUUCUUGUCCGACUUUCGGUUUCUAUUAUUGUGUGGAAGUACACCACAGUAGAGAGCAAUUAAAAGCAAAUAACUUUUAGUUUUCCUUUUAAUCAAAUUUAAAUAUCAAUUUAAGUCAGAGAGUAACAAUUUAGCGAGUAGUAGCACUAAUUAUUACUAACUAAUUGUUAUAAUUGGGACCUACUAGCCAAAGCCUAAUUUAAAAUUUAAUUUUAAUUAUUAACUUACUUUACAGGGAGUAGGCGACCAAUAAAAGUAAAAGAUUUCAUUUUAAAUUGUUAGAAAAUAUUUAAAAACUUCUCAUGAAACUACUGUUGCUGAUGAACAUGAUAAUAUAAAUAUUGUAUAAAAUAUUUUACAUUAAAAUGGGAGAAGAAAAAAAUGAUCCUAUCCCCGGUAUUGAUCCUCAAAUAACAAUAUCGUCAAGCGACCACUCUACCACUAAACUACACAAGAUCUACCAAUCUGUACUUCGUUCGGAAUUAUAAAAACUACUAGCCGUCCGGCGGUCACGUGACAUACCGCCGGACGUAUAUCUUGCGCACUAUUUGUCCGGCGCGCCGGACGUGUAGACACUUCGUAUUUAAUUAGUUAAAGAGAGCUCUCUAGAAAAGAAAUGUGGCUUUAGUUACCAUGAAUCAUGGUCAGUAAGAAAUAAUGUUUAGAAAACAGUCAUAAUACAGUGAAGUUAAAGGGUAACUCACGGAGGUCACUCCUGGAGUUCUUAAGGAUCCAAAACAACACAGCUAAAUGAAAUUUCAUUACAUUCUUAGUAGUUGUAACUUAGUAUGCAGUAUCUUGAAAGCAUUCCCAAAUAUUAAAUACACAAAUGGGCAGAAACUCAGAUGGCAGUAAUGACAGUGUAUUUUUAGUUCAUAUUACAUGUUAAUAUUAUAAUUUAAUUUAUUACAAUAGCCAUUUUCAAAACACUUUAUAAUUUCUUAGUUAAUACUGUAACCAUUGGCUGAUAUGGUAUUUAAAUUCUAAACCUACUUAUACAUUAAUUAAUGCAUUUUAAUCACUUUAUUUAAUUGGACAAUAAUUUAUUUAUUAACUUUAAAAUUACUUGUUAUUUUUUUCCAGUAAAAUAUGUGAGCAAUGCCAUUUUACUGGUUAUAAUUUCAGAAUGAUCAAGGACCUUGUAUAUUUGAAGAUUCCGCAAGAUGGUCAUUGGCAGAAGAAAAUAUGUUACUAGAUGCUGUUGAGCAAUAUGGUUUUGGAAAUUGGUAAAUAAGCCCAUGUAGUUAUAUAAAUGUUUCAUCUGAAAAAAUCAGUAGAAAUAUUUUAAAUGACAUUUAUUUCAUGUACAGAUCAAUAUUUCUCACUUUCUUAAAAUCGCUUAAAUUUAUUUUUUGUUUACUUUUAUUUCUAAAGACAAAAUAUCACUCAACAUGGAAUUUUUUCCAGGAAUGGAGCUGCAGCACAUCUUGAAACUCGAACAAGUGCAGAAUGUGAAGAUCACUAUCGCCGCUUUUAUAUUAACGGGGUCAUUGGUGAUGGUAAGAAAAGUUUUUAACGAUGAUGGGUUUUUCUCAAAGAAUAUCAUAUAUAAUAUUUUGUAGGAAUUUGUUUUUGUUUUAAACAUUUAAAUAAUAAUUUAUCAGCAUUAAUAGCUCAAUUCUCACUAGGGUAAUUAAAACAGUUGCAUUCAUUUAUUUUUUUUUCAGCAACAUUACAAGAAGUCCCUAGACCCAGUAUCACCGACCAUUCAAGUGCAAAUGGAGGUACUGAUUUCCUCCACAACUUUUUUGUGUAAAACUGUAAUUAACUAUAUUGAUACCAAAAUUAGGUACCGAUAUAUUUGUAUUUUUAUAUAAAUGUCUAUAUAAUAAUUUAUUUUCUACAAUCAUCCCUUUAUAACUUGGAUAAGAUCAAAAUGUUUUACAAUUAUUUUAAAAAUUGUAUUAUUUAUUUCAUUACAACUUAACCUUUUGGCACUGAAUUUUUGUUUCUCUAAUUUAUCAUCUGGAAUGAAUAUCAUUACUUAACAUGCCAGCCAAAAGUUUAUUAACAAGAUAUUUAAUAGGUGUAGAAGUACAUGUUAAUGUAAUGAACAUAUGUGUAACAAUGGCAUCAAACAAGAGAAAGUAUGUGGUUUUUUUUCAUUCUUGCAAGAAACAAUGUUACUGUGGCUAAUGUAUAAGGAAUUAAUAAAUUGACAUUGGUCCCUGAUGUAGUGGGAAACUUGUCAACCCAGAAGCACUGGUAUAGAUCUCAGAUGUUGCAGUAAAUGUCAAAAGAGGUCUAGAGCUAAAUAUUUUGCUUUAGUACAUUUCGUUAAAUGGCUUUUGUUAAGGUAUAGAAAGACGAUAUUUGAAUAAUGUAAGCCCUAUAAAUAAUGAAAUACUUUGGGUUUGUUAAGUAUAACUAUAAAUAAAAAUUUAACCAUGAAAUUUCAUUUGUAUUUAAUUUACGUCGCUAACAUAUGAUUUUAAUUUUAAAUAUAUUUAUUAAGUAAUAUCAGUUUUCAUUCCUUACGCACAAUUUUAUUUAUUCUUGAUAAUAUGAUUGUAACUCUUUUGGUAAAAGUUUUUGAAAGUAUGCUGGUUUUUUUUAUUUGUUUGAGGUGUAGGCUCAAAUGCAUUAUAUGCUUCUUUCACAGCCCUUGCUGGACCACUGUCUCCUAGUCUUACCAUUCCAAUAACUCCUUUAGAAAUUGGCCAGCAGCAGCAACAAGAACUUGGGUAUAUGCCUUUAAGAGAUGACUUUGAACGUGUAAGUUCUUUGCUCUAAGGGUGUUUUCUCUUUUCUCAUGAAUGCUCUUUUGGUCAUUUCUCUAUUCAUUACUGUGACACUUGUGGGAUUGGAAAGUGAAUAAUGUAGUUUUUUUUUGCUUACGUAAUUUUUUUUUUAAGGGGGCUGAUUAUUUUUUAAUACAUUUACUAAAUUUUACGGGAGGCAACAAACAACUAAUAAUUUUAAAAAUUGUUUGUUAACCGUUUCUGCCUUUAAUUUUCUCAGGAGCAUGAUAAUGACGCAGAGACUUUAGUUAGCAGUCUGUCAAUAAAUCAUGAUGAUGAUGACAUUGAUACUGGUAUGAAAAUUUUACUUGUGUGCAAUAGUUUGAGAAUGGCUAUAUGUAAUUAAAGUAGUAAUAAUGAAAGUAAACUAGGAUAGUUUAUACAUAUUAAAGUUCUUGUUUAUUUAUUUAAGUCCAUGUUAAUGUUAGGGAUGUUAAUAUUGUCUUCUCUGGAAAACUAAUUAUAAGAUUUAGAAAUUUGAUUUUAACCGGACACAUAGUUUUAUGGCUUUCAUAGUAGGUACUUCAAAACUUCCUUAAUGGGCUUUAUAAAACCAGACUGUGUUGGGGUAAUUUCUGUGAUAAACCACAAUGAUGUCUGCUUUAGGUUUAUGUCUGGAAUUUGCAGUAAUAUGUCUGGAAUUUUCUUAGUUAUUUGGAAAUUUCAUUACAAAUUGCCAUAGUCCAAAUUUCAUUUUAUUGGAAAUAGACAUAGGUUACUUCAAAGUUUCAAUAUUUCUUUGUGUUGUUAUUAAUUAUGAGGGUCCCCACGCAGUCUGGGAAAACGUGAAAUAGUCGGGAAUAACAUGAAAUGGUCGGGAACUUAUCGAAUAAUUUUCCCGGUCGGGAAAAUGGGCCUUUUAGUAAGGAAAUAAUAAAUUUGGCUUUGAAUGCCAUGAAAAUUGUCGCUGACCUCGUCUAUUUUUAGCCUUUCUGUUAUCAAACGGACCUUGCUAGUGGCUUCCCUUGUCUGUGCAUGCGUUUUAGAGCUUUUUAAGUUUCUAUUACCGUACAACUUCGAUAGACCAGAAAUAUUUAUUUUCUGUUCACAUCGCCGAUGAAGAGAUGUUCGAUUGUCUGGGUAAGUAAAGUGUAAAAUAUAGUGAAUAAUUAUUUGAAUCUAGUUUUAAAUUGUGAGGUAACCAUUAUAAAUAAAGAACUACUCAUCCAAGCGCUGCCUGCGAUGACUAAGCUUAGGCUUGGCGUACUUUGUUAUGUCGUUGUCUUCAACUUCAUAAGUUGAUUUUUAACUUAAACUGUUUUACUGUACGUGGGUGACAUGUAUUUUUUUAUUAGUGUUAGGCAGCCUUUAACUUUAAAAUUUUUUAAAAAGACCUAAGUUCAUUUUACAUUUAAUUACAGAGUAGGCCUUCUAAUUUUAAAAAGGCUAAUAUGAUCAUGUUAUUUUUUGCGUAGAUUAGUUAGCUAGUUUACGGCUGACAUCGGAAAUUCCUUUUAAAGCUACUAAAAGUUUUUUUUUGGGGGGGGGGGCUUUUGAUACCCCAAAAAAAAGGUGUGCAAUGAUGCAUUCCCCUGAGGAAAAUCCUGACUAUGCCGUUUCAUAUGCAUAUCUUAGUAUCUCUUCUGACUCUAUAUUACUGUAGUUUAGUACAGGUAUAAUAUAGUCUAUAUGGUGUAGGCCUAACUGUAAAUUAUAAACAUGAUAUUAAUAUGAUAAUUUAUUUUAUUUUUGUUUCAUUAUUCAGGAUCAAGGCUCAAUAAAAUAAUGCUUAACAGUUCCUUUUAAUUUUAAAGACUGAUAGUCAGGACAGCUAUCAUGAUAUUUAUUGAACAAGUCAUCACUGCUUCACUAUGCUGGAAAUAUUGAUAUCAAGUAUUCAGGGCGAAAAUAUUAAGAAAAUGUCAAUCAUCUGAUGAGACUUCAGCUUUAUCACCUAUCUUAGGUGUUCAAUUCUGCAACUUCUCAGCCAAGCUCCCAAUGUAUGUGUCAAAAUAUCAAACCUUCAUUGGAGAGAUUUUAUAGACACUGAAGUGUAUUAACUCAUCACAAAGAAGAGAACGAAAGCUCCAUAUAAGAAAAGAUGCUUUCCACUUGUGGUAGCAAUACAUAUGUGCUAAAAUGCCCCAGAGAACACACUGCAAAAGUUGCCCUUACACUGUAAAAGUAAACAUCAACAAAUUUUCACGUCCAAGUAAAUUGAAAAAUUGCAAUUGCUAGGCAAUUUAAUAAAUAUUUUCAUGUAUACACCUCAAUGGCUUAAUUUUUGUUAAUUUGUGAUGUAUUUCAACGUUGCUUUACUUUGACAAUUGCACAGAUUUUUAUAUUAUCAACAAAAACGCUGUGUUGCAAUAGUCAGGAAUUUUUUGUUUUUAGUUGGGAAAAAGUAGGGAAUUUUGUUUUUAAAAAAGUGUGGGAACCCUGAAUUAUGCUUAAUGUUUUUGGUAAGAAAAAGUUAAUUGCAUUUGAGUAUUGUUUUGUAAAAACAAACAAAAUAAAAUCUUUUUCAAAACUGAUAAUGGGUAAUUUUUUAUCAAUUAAUACUAAGUCACUGUCAUGUAGCUUUUAAUUUAUGUUCUAGCCAUAAAACUUGCUCAAAUUUGCAAGUACAGAUUACGCUUGCAAGAGAGAGAAAGGCGGAAAAGGAUAGCUGGGGAAUAUGGUUUAACUGCUGCUGGUGUUCCGGCUAUUUCAAAAGCUACAAAAACACCACAUUCAAAGAAAAAGUCAGGAAAAACUGGGAGGUAUGAUUCAAAAGUUAUACUGUUAUAUUUCCAACUAAUUAUUCAGUGAUAAGACUAUGCAUUACAUGCUUCUUAGCAUUUUAACAGACCACAUUUCUUUGUCUAUUAUUUACUCGCAAAGUGGGUAAGGUUAUGUUUGUAUUAAAAUUUUAAGGAAAUAGGUGGUAAUUUUGAAUGCAUUACAAUUUCUAGUUUGAAUUGAACUUCAACAUUACACAGUGUCUUACCUUUCAAAAUAAAUAACAUCAGAAAUGACAUUCAAAUUUUAUAAUCUCCUACUAAAUUUCGAUUGAUUGCUUUAUCAAACUUGAUCAUUCACGUUACUAUUCCUAAUUUUCACAUUUAAAUUAACAGAUAAUUGUUGCACUGGCAUUUUUUUUCCCAAAUUGGAUUUGUUCAUCUCGUUCUGAAAAACUAUGAUGUAUUUUUGUAAUCAUAUAUCUCCAGAGAAUUACAUGAGAGAUUGAAACCAUUUUCACAAUUUCAUACUAGAGCAGAGCAUCAAAUGUUAUUCCACAAUAUCAAAAGUAAGUGAUCUGUGAAAAAUGUAUUAUUAUUUUACCUAAAUUUGGGUUUUAAAAAAUACAUUGACAGUUUUAAUUAAAUUAAUGAAUCACAUGACUGGCUUUGCUCACUAACAAUGUAAUUGUUUGUAAAACAGGAGAAAAAGAAAUAAAAGUCAGGAUCAAAGAGCUAAUACGACUUAGGAAAAAUGGCAUUACUAAGCUAGAAGGUAAAGUACAUUUUCUACUACUGUUUUUUCAUUACUGUCAACAAAUUUAAUGUGUGUGUGUAAAGAUAUUUAUGUAUGGCAGGCCUGCACAACUCAAAAUUUAAGACAGGCCAUAAUACUUUAUGCAAAACUUGUGCAGGCCAAAAGAAAAUAGGACAGUGGGGAAGCUAUUAAGAAAAAAUCAUUAAAAAGGAUAUUUUGUUUUCGCGGGCUGUAAAGUGGGUGCUGGUGGGCCAAUGUUGUGGAGGCCUGAUAUGUGGUACUUAGAUUAAUUUAAUUUCACCUAUGAGUAUUUAUUUAAUCAAAUUCAAUAUCCCAUUCAGUUUAAGUAUUAUAUGGCUUAGCUGCAAUUAUUACUUUAUUUUUUUGUUUUAUCAGUCAAAAACUGCAAGUAUAAUUGCCCUAUUCAAUUGCUAUUAAAUUUAUUUUUACCAGCCUCUAAAUCAUUUUUAAAGCAUAGAUGGUCAAGACUUUAUUUAUUAAAUAUUCUGUUUACAAAUUGAGUUAAUUACAUUUUAUUCCCUCAUUUUUAGCUUUUAAUAAACAUUUUGUAACACUUCAUGGUAGUGUUGGGUUGAUAAUUUUGAUAGGAAUAUGUUAAAUAAAGUGUCUGUAAUUGAUGGUGAUUUGAGUUUAAUAAUAAUUUCGCAUUCAAUGUUUUGUUGUAACCCUGGUUGCAUUUUUAAUUGCAUGAUUUUACAAAUCUAUUGUGUUAUAAGAAAAGGAAAUGGAUAUUGUCAGAUUUCUUUUUUUUUUUUUUUCUUUUAAUGUUGUAAUUUUCAGUCAUAGUAAGUUUACAUGUAGAAAUCUCUUUCUGCACCAGGGUUCAGAUCAAUAACAAUUGGACAUCUAACUUUAAAUGUUUUGAUAAUAUGAAUACUGAAUUUCAAUGGAAAUAAUAGGUUUUGAUAUAAUUAACUAAAUGGGAAAUGAUAAUGUGAAAUAUUAUUUCAUUGUCAAAGAAUCCCAUUGUGUUAUUAUUUUAGGCCACAUUGUAAAAAAAAUUAAGUCUUAUUUGAAUCCUGUGUUUUUCAUAUCUUGGCUUGUUUAGUGUUGAAUACCAGUGUAUAGAAAUAUAUUUCAGAUUAUCUUUAGGUGGUGCUUUUUACAAAUGUCGUAUUUGGUACCGAAGUGUUUAAAAGUUAAAUUUUUAAAUAAACAAUUCUUCGGACGAAAAGAAAAAAUAUUUAAAAAUAUUUUGAUUGCUUAGCUAAGUAAUUAUGCGUUAAUUUAUUUUAAACUCCAUUUUGUAAAAGUAUGCCCAAAUGAUUUAAAUAUUUUGUGAAGAUUCUAUACAUUCCUGCCAAGUGAUGUUCCUGUAUUUUCUACUCCGUUUUACUAAUAUCCAAAAAGGAACCAAACACACUUUUGUACCUUGUUUUCCCAGGUUAUUCUCCCAAAAGUAAGCACACAUUCAAAAUUGCAUUGUCUAUCAGGAUCUUUGUUUACCUCCUAAGUUCAUAUCAAUAUAAAGCUUGAAGUCCAUUGGUCUGUUAAAAGCCAUCUUUGGUCAAUGUCGAUAUAAAAAUAGCAAUUAGGAUAAACUAUUUGACUAAUGGGGGUAUCUACAUAUAUAGGAAUUGUGGGAAUCAUUCACAAACAGACAGCUUUUUUAGUGACAGUUGAAUCUAUGACAAUAUUUUAGUCCAUGAUUGAACGUAACCAACACUUCUUUAGUGUAAAUCUAAAAAUGAAAGUUUUUAAUUUGUUUAUGUUAUAGCAAUGGUAUUAAUAGAGUGCAGUUUUGGCACGCAUAUUUUGCUUUUCUAUCAAAUGGGUUUUUUCUUUUUUUUUUUUUUUUUUUUUUUUUAAUUUUUUUUUUUUUUUCUUUUUUUUUUUUUUUUUUUUUUUUUUUUUUUAAAUUUUUUUUUUUUUUUUUUUUUUUUUUUUUUUUUUUUUUUUAAAUCCUGGAUCAUUUCCAUUUUAGCUUUAUUGAGAGUAUUUGAAGCAGGUGCAUGGUAUAAGUUUGAGAAUGUCUGAAAUCAAUAAUAUGGCCUUAGAUAAUAGUUAUUUUUAUUUAUGCAUGUUCUACUCAUUGCCUUGUUUUGAUUGGCAGAUGAGGAAGUUUUUGAAGAGGAGAAGUUUAAAAGAGAAAAGAGAAAAGAAAAUAAGAAAAAGAUGGUGAGUGCAAUCUUCGCAGCUCAGUUGCUAAGGCCCAGAAAUCGUAAGUUAACAUUUUUACGGAUAUCUGCCAAUUCUAUGGAGCCCCAAUACACACUAGAACUUAUUAAUAAUAAAAAAAUGUUUUUAUGAAACUACUAAUCCAAAUAACUGGAUUUGUGAAUGGUAUUCAGCAGAUGCAUUAGGGAUGAUGUACAUGAACCAUGUCAUCAUUUUAUAUAUAUAUAAAUAUUAAUAUUAAAGAGACAUACUUAUUGUGUUAUAAAAAUCAACACAACUUUUUUAAAGUCCUAGUACCCUGUUGGUUCACGUGUGCUUAGUUUUCUUACAAUUCUUUCUACUUAUUUUUUUUAACACUCCCAAGUUUAUCCGUAGUCUUCUUAAAAAAAAACAUAUUUUUAAAAAAUAUCUAUGUUCAUGUAACUAGUUUAUUAGUGCCAGAUCGCUAGCCGGUUUAUAUAAAUCAAAAUAUCUGAUUAGUAUGCUUUGAAGGUGCUUUUUUAAAAGUAUGAUAUUCUGGGGUUGAGAUGAAAAGUUAUGUAUGGUUAAUAAGAACACAACCAUCUAAUGGUCAUGUAAAAAGUGCCUACUAAUUUUUAAAUUGUUGCUUGUUGUACAUUAGCUUUAUUUUAACACCUGUUCAGUGAUUCUUGCCACUAUACUAUGUUGCAUGCAGCAUUGAUCAGGAAAGCUUACUGAGUGAUUGUGUAGUCUUUUAUCAGCCACAGCAUGCACAUUUAGUCCAAUGACCUUAAGUCCAGUUCUCAACAUCUAAACAUAAAAUAAAUAGUUCAUAAAUUUCUUUUAAGAGGUACAUGAAAUAUUUUAAAUCUAAGAAAUCGAGAAGACAUAUAGUUUACAAAAUAGUGGAAUGCUAAAACUAGAAUUUGAUUUAACAAAGCAAGGAAUACCAACAUUUUCAAAACUAGAAAUAGAAAAGUAUCGUUAUUUGCCUAGUGGAAGUUAAUAUUUCAUAAUCAUACUUUUCAGGUAGGGAUAAUGGUCGAAAAAUAAAAUUAGUUACAGAAAAAUCAAAUUAGUUCCAUAAAGUCAUCCAAUUUAUUUUGUGAAGCUUAAAAUCCUUUAUUUUAUUUACUGUCAAGGAUUAUCAUCCUUUUCUAAAUACUUUUAAAAGACUUUUUAAUCACAGUAUAUAUCACUCAGGCAUUUUGAUAUUAGGAUUUGAAUCUUCAGUAAUAUUUAAUAGUUGGCCCAAGUCACAUUUUCUUUUGUCUAAAACUACAUUAGUGGAGAAGCUAGAGCUUGUGAUGCCCUGGGCAUACUAUGCAUACAGAAUACACUGCAAAAUUAAGCAUGGAGUUGACUGAAAAUGCAGCCCCCAAAAAAUUGUCUGUUAUAUGUUGGCCAAUUAACGUCCAGUUUAAGGGAGAUUUAUGAUCAUUGAGUAAUAGUUUAAAAAUGAUUCCAAAAUAACUUCAUUAUGAUCAUCGCAUGUUAAAUCUUGUGAAUAACUCUGAAGUCUUGUUUAAGUAUGUUUCUCCAUUGUAGGCAAACUGUUAAACCGUAAACUGAAAGGAAUUCUCACAAUUCAAAGUAAAUGUAGGAAACAUGAUCAAAACAAAUGUAACUUGUUUUAAAAAAAUCAUGGUUAAAGAAUUGUUUAAACCUUUUUAAAGCGGUCAUGUGCAUAAAGAGAUUUCAGAAAUUAAAUCAUGAACGAUGUAGCAUUAAUUUUACUUUUGAUUUUAUUUAUAAUUAUAUUUACAAAAUUAGAUUGAAAACUUAUUUAGACAAUGUCAUCUUGUAAUAAAUUAUCCUGGGAUUUUAAAACAAAAGAUAAGGACUCACAAAAAGUUUUGAAUUUAAGUUAAAAUCAUCAUUUCUAAUGCAAUUUUGAUGCUUCUCCCAUGCUUUGUAGCUCAUUUUUAAAAACAACAUAACAUACAGUGUUGCAUUGGGGCUCUCUUAGGGCAGAGUUGCCUUAUCUUACAUGUUGUUAUUUGUAUUGUGUAACAUUUAUUAUCCCAGUCUGGUUUUUUCUUGUUUUUUUGGAACUGUUAAAAGUUUGCUUUUAAAUUUACACUGCAUAUUAUAUGCAAGUUGUGUGCAUAUUUUUAAAAUGUAUUGUUUUAAAUUAUUAAAAAUGUUAUUGAAAUUCAAUCUACUAUUAUUGGAUAAAGCUUUUUUAAAAUAAAUAAUGCAGGUUUGAUUUUUCAAACUUUGAAGUGAUAUUUUUAAUGGGAUAAAUAUAUGCACUUGGCAAUAAAUAAGGAGUUUCCUUAAAUUUUUCUACCUCAAAUUUAUUUAAAUUUAUCUUUUGCUGUUUUUGUUUUUCCCAUAGUACUUAACAAUUUUUUUUUCCUACAAUAUAUCAUUCUUGAUAUUACUUUAUCACCAUUAUUUAAACAAAUUAAUGAUUCUUUCUCUAGCUUUGUUCUUAUUAUUUUCAACUUAUUAUUUAUUUAUAAAUUGAAACUUAUUCUAUUUGAAUUUUCAUCAAGUGAAAUUGUUCAAAUGACAGAUUCUAGUUAUUUGAAUCUUUUCAUGCUGCUAUGAAGUUUUGCAAUUAGUUUUUUCUUGAAGAUUUAGCAUUAUUUUUAUUUUUUUUUAAAGUUUGCUUUAAGUUGCCUUAGCUAAAAAUAGUCUAUCCUACCAAUUUUUAUACAAUUCCCACCACUGUAAAUAUAAUUUUAAAAAUUUAAAGUCCUAACUGUUAUUCUAUGUGUUUUUACUGUUUCAAUAAAGAAAUCUGAUUUAAUAUAUCCAUUAUUUUUCUACGGCUUUGCUUCGAUAAUUGUUUAUCAUAAUCAACUCAUUAACACUCACUCUGCAUAUGUCAUAACUGCACAAAAGAUCAUUCAUUUCUAGAAAGAUUAAAUGUGGAGGAAGCUUCCAAUCUCAUUAACUUUUAACUCAUAACUUUGUGUUGUUUUUUUUGUUUUUAGAUCAUCAUGUUUUUUCUCUAGGGCUUUCAAUUUUACACCACUUUAGGUUGCCAACAUAAAUAUUUGUACAAAAUGGCAUAUUUAAGAAACAAUAAAGCCUUAAAUGAAGCCACAUUGACAAAUGAACAAUGUUAAAAGAAGAGAAUCUUCUAAUGAUUAUAAUUUUAAUAAAAUUUUUAAAAUAUGCCAUUAAACUGUCACUAGACAAAACCUAGACAGUUACAUGGGAGCAUCCUUGCAAAUGUAACUUAAAUAUUAUUUUAAUAUAUUUUAUGCUGUUCUACCUUUUUUUCAUUCGAACUAACCAACCACAACAAAUGAUUAAAUAUUUCUUAUGUGCAUUAAUCAUUUAGAGAAUCCCCUUCAUAACAAACAAUACCUGAAGAUAAUUUUACUUUUAAUAUAAGAUCAUGGUUCAUAGACAUUGAUCCUCACAAUAACAUUGUUGUCAUUGUUUGACUUUGGCUAUAUUUAAUGCCAGAACUAAAAGCAGUCCCAUGGUUUAAACAUUUUAAAAUUAUUUUUUAUAAUUUUAUGCUUUAUUAGUAUUGAGUGACAUCUUUGUUGUUUGAUCUAAUUUUAGGUGACCUCUUCAACGCCAAAGAGGAAUUCGCAAGUCUCCAAAAAAGCAGAGUAUGUAUUAUGUUUUGAGUCUCAAAGUGAAUUACCCUGAUAUUUCUUUAAGGAUCAAAAUUAUUUAUGAUAGUAUUUUAACAGAGAACAUUCUUGGAUGCUAUCAUAAUUCGUCUUAUAAAAGUUCUUUAAUUCUUUUCAGAGGAAAAUUAGACAAAAUGGAUACAUCUUCAGAAGAAAACGUAGAAAAAGCUCAAGGAAAAGGUGAUGAAGGCAUCAUAGAGGCUCCCAAGGAAGUGAACAGCAGCAUGCCAGGGUUUGAGCUGAUAUCUGAGAAUGAAAAGAAGGUCAGUUGAUAAGAGAAAAAUCAGAUGUGGUUGUAUCAGAAUCUGUGGACUAAGAUAAGGACUGUGAUUUUUCAGUUUUAAUAAGCAAGUGCAAGCUAGUGGGUCUUGGAAGUUAUUAUAACACCAAUUGGAAGAAAACUGUAUUGUGUUUAUUGAGCUCAUUACUGAUCAGAAUGAGUUCAGUAAUCUUAACCAAGAUGAAUGCUUGACACCAUACAAAAAAAAAUAAUAAUAAUUACAAGAUUUUAAGUAUUGUACUUCUGUAUCUCUUCAUUCUACAAACUAGUGUUUGACAUUUUCAUGUUUUUGUUAAUUUUUCAGCUAUGCAACUCAAUGGGCAUGUCACCUGCAAAUUACAUCACUAUUAAGACAUGUAUAAUCAAGGUAAGUCUGAAAUUUGCCACUUAUCUAUUUGUGCAUUCAAAUUGUAUUAGCUGCCUAGCCAUGGCUGUUAGUUUUUAAGGUGAAGGAAAAACAAAUAAAUGGUCAGCAUUUUUUUUAAACAUUCAAAGAAUUAAAUAUCUCAUCAAAUGUUCUCCUUUCUUUUCUUUUUUUCAGGACUACCUCCAACGAUGCAAUGGAAAGGAUAUUGGAAAAUUUCGUUACCCAGGGGGAAUGGAUAAAACUCACAGACGAAAAAUCAUAGGCUUUUUACAAGAAAAUUUAUGGAUUGGGGCAUCAUGAUUCUCAGGGAGUGUGAAUGUGGGAGUGAAUUUUUUUAAGUGUGUGAAUUUUAAUAAGUGAAUAUGGGGACAAAAGUGAGUGAAAUAUAAGUAUCUACAGUGUAGAACUGUUGUGUCUGUCACUAAUCUAUGAUAAAUUUAAUAGUUGUUUUGUUGGGGUUUUUUUGUUUGUUGUUUAUUUUACAAGUUAGAUAAGGCAUAUGUCCACAUUUACUUAAUCUGUUUGUGUGCAGUAAAGACUUAAAGUUAGCCCUUGUUUCCGAAUUAAUAAACUUCAACUGAUUAAAUUUAUUUGAUCUUUUACCACAUUUAAGAUUAAUUCUCAUUACUCCUAAACUUCAGCAAAGGCAAAUAACUUACCGGUAAUCAAUAUUAACUUCUUCUUUCAAAAACUUUAAAAAAUUAAAAAGUAAACAAAAAUUUAGUGCAGCAUAUAAUUGUUUAAAAUUAAUCAAUCUUAGCUCUCCAAAUUUUUUAGGACAGUACUGUUUUGUGGUUGUGAUUCAGCAGUCUGUUUUAGGACUGUCGAUUUGGGAAACAGAAUUUGUGUAAAUGUUACUCUAAAUGAGUUUGAUUGAGGACAAUUUAUAAGUGAACACCUCCAUGUUGCUUAUUUUUAACUGUAGCAUUUAACACAUUUAGUCAUAUGGCUUUUCGGUAUCAUCCAUUCAAUUUUAUACUCGAUAAUUUAUACUUUCUGACUUACCAUCUGUUUGUCAAUUUAUGUGAACUUUUAUUUUAACUAGUUGUUUUUGUUACCGGGUUAUAUAAUCAGCCAUCCUAAGGAAUCUCAAAAUGAAGUGAUCCCAAUUAGUAUUUUUAUUAUUUUAAAAAGAGAGAGAUCAUUAAAUAUAUUAUUAUUUCACCAGUCCUUACGACUAACAGUCUAUUGAAAGUUAUUUAUAAUUAAAUAUUUUUGGUCCAUAAAUGAAAUAUUUCCUUCUCACUCUUAAAAAAAAAAAAACAAUAAUUAAAUCUUUCUUGUAAACAGUUGAGUUUUUAUUUUAACUAAAA